UUAGUAAUUUGUUUACACCCAAUUAAAUUUGUUUAGGAUUUUUGAAUUACCAUUAAUUUUCUUGUUUGAUACUGCAUUUGUGUAAUUACAAGUAAAUAUAUUACAGAAUAAGUAUUGAAAAUGACGGAAUCUACAUUUAUACUUUUAAGGCACAUGUAAUGCACAAGUUAUUUAAAUAUGCUGCUGUUUUUAUUACUUAUUUUCUUACAAAGCAGUAUUUGCGUUGAAAAAGGUGAUUUAGUGGGUUGUUUUAAGCCUGGUGUUGAGUACUUCAUAAUAAAAGAAUCUCGUGGUUUAUUGGAAUGUCUAAGUGUAUGUGUAGAAAACAAUAAUUACAGGUAUGCUGUUUUAAAUAAUGUAACUAGCAAAUGUGGCUGCACAAAUUUUCUUGGAAAAAAUUAUUCUCAAAUUCCAUGUGAUGAGAGUUGCCAUGAUUGUAACAUAUAUUAUGCAGGAAAUUUUGCACCAACUAUGCCAGAAAACUUAGCUGUUGAAAAUGUGACUAAUACAUCAGCUUAUAUUUUAUGGGAAAAGCCCAAGUUCUUUCUAGAUAUCCGGAACUACCAAGUAAAAGCUAAUGUUAUAAAAACCUAUGCAAAUUAUAUUGGUAAUCCUCAAUGGUGGACAUUUACAAACAAUACCUAUGAUGCUGAGUUAGGUAGUUUAAAUCCAGGUACCAAAUACAAUAUUUUGGUCCAAGCCUUAUCAUCAUAUUCUGAUGGAGAAGUUGCUUCUAUUAUAUUACAAACAGAAAUAGGAGAUCCUGAUAACAUUCCCUUUCUCCCAACUGUAAUAAAACGUGAGGGAUCAAAGAUUACAGUUAAAUUAAACCCUGUAAUGAAUAAUAAUGGUCCUGUAACUUCAUAUCAAGUAGUUGUUAUAGAUCAGGACAGUAAACUAUUUUUUCAACCUGAAUCACUGAAAUCAUUUCAAGAAAGUAAAGAAGAUGAAUUAGGGUAUUAUAUUGCAGCUGAAUUGCAGCCUAAACAAGUCCUUGAAGAUUUUGUAGUAGGUGAUGGAAAAACUUAUGGGGGCUUUUAUAAUGCUCCACUGAAUCCAAAUUCAAAUUAUCUAAUAAUUGAGGGAAUGGUUAGCAGUGCUGGAAAUAUUACCAAAGUGGUGUAUAGUGAUAUCAGCACACAUGUUUAUAAAAGAGAUAAAACUAAUUUGAAUUCAAACUCAUCUGUUCUUGUCACUGCCUUAACUAUUUGUGUGGUAAUUGUAAGUGGUAUUCUUGCAGUCAUAGUAAUUUUUUACAUUUAUUUGAGACAAAAAGCAUUUAAAAGAAGACUCAGGAGACUUCGUGAUAAUCAAGAAUUAGCUAUGCAGGGACCCAUACUUGAAGUAGUAAAUGAAGGCUAUAUUCCUGAAGAAGAAGUGCAGCCAAUAGAUCAUUAUAAUGUACUUAAGCAAAAAGUUUGGAGAAUUCCUCAGAACCUUCUAAAAGUUGAUAAUAAAACACUAGUUGGUGUUGGAGAGUUUGGGUCUGUACAUUCAGGAAUGAUUAAAAAGGAAGACGACAUUCCAGUUGUAGUUGUUGUAAUUUAUGACAAAAAGCUGUCUAGUAUUAAUAAAAAGAACAUGCUGAGAGAUCUGGACUUACUUAUUAAAACUGACAAACACAAAAACGUUCUUGAACUUAUAGGACUCUGUGAAACCAUGGAUAUUUUAUUUGUAGUAUUAGAGGCAGCCUCAGUGAAUCUCAAAGACUUACUUCUAGGCAGUAGAGAUACAUCUGGUGGAAGAUUUAGCAGUAUUACCGAAAAUCAAGCUGUAUCUUUUAUGAUUGACAUUGCAAAAGGAAUUCAGCAUUUAGAAAAACAAAAAGUCCUUCACAAACGUUUGUGUGCGAGAAAUAUUUUGGUAAACGCAAAUAACGUGGCCAAAGUUAGUGGCUACGGUUUAUGUCAUUAUACUCACCAGAAUAUAAUGCCAGAUUAUACCAGAUGGACUGCUGUGGAAAUAUUCAGUAACUUUCCCCACACUCAUAAAAGUAACGCGUGGUCUUUCGCCUGUAUAAUGUGGGAAAUAUCAGCUCUAGGGGGUACACCGUAUGGUUCUAUUCCAAAUAAUGAAAUACCUGGCCAGAUUAAAAGAGGCCUUCGUUUGGUACAACUUCCCUAUAUUUCUGAAGAAUUGUAUCAGCAAAUGUUUGAUUGUUGGCAAGUGGAGCCCGGGGAACGUCCCGAUUCCUCUGCAAUUUUGCAAAUGCUAACUCACUGCCAAGUAAACUCUUUACCGCUACUAAAUUUCGAAUUAUAUCCAGGAUUCCAGUAUGAACAAUUCUAUAUGGACUCCGAAUUAGUAGCGAGGACCGUACCGAUUUUGUAAUUUUUUGUACUUUUAUCUUUUGUAUUUUUUUACAAUGACAUAUAUUUUAUACCAGAAUGAAAUUGUUUUUUGUUAAUACAUAGUUUUCUGCGCCCAUAGUCAUAUUUUAUAUAUAAGACUUCACAUAUUUUUUAAGGUAGUCUUUCUUCACUGAUUUCACUUAUGAUUAUACAUUAAACUGAAACACUUGUACGAAAUACUUGGAACAGACACUAAACCUAGAUGAGAGUAAAAAUGAAAAUAUUAA